CCUGACAGGUGGCUCCUGCCCACUGCCGGCUGGGUAUAAAGCCUGCCCGGCCCGCGUGUUUCAUUUUGUCAAUGAAAUAGCCGGUGGCAGCAGCGGAGCUAGCCAGAGCUAGAGAGCGAGCAGGAAGGACCAGUCACUAGCCAUGCGGCGAGUUAUCAUCGGGAUCGGGGGGUAAGUGAACGGCUGGCUAUGUAUUAACCCUUGGCUUUCCAUCCCUGGCCCUGGGGAGGUAGGUCCUCCUGCUAGGUAAGUAGCUCACAGCACUGGGUUACAAUUAACACUGGACAUAAUGUAAUAUAAAUUAGAACUUUUUUUAUUAUUAUUUAUUUAUUUAUAUAUAUGUUAAAUUUAUUUAUUUAUUUAUUAUUUAUAUUUUUUAUUUAAAAAAAAAUAUUUUUCCCUUCCUAAAUCUCAGUAAUCUGUAAAUAAAAAAAAACAAAAAAACAUGAAAUUAAAAAAAAAAUUACCCCCUUAAUUUCAAAACUCACUUUAACCCUAAAUGUCCCAGUGCUGCGGCAAAGUCCCUAACUAUUAAGUGGAGUGUGACGGUAACUGUGCUUGCCUUACUGCACACAGGCUUUUCAGACAUAUGGGUGGCGCGGUAGUAGGGGUUUUGGAUGGCGAGGGAGGUGGGGGUUCUGAUGACAGUGGAUGGGGUUUUGGAUGGCACAGGACGAUGGGGGGUUUGGUUGGCGAGGGAGGAGGGGUUCCGAUGACAGUGGAGGGGUUUUGGGUGGCAUAGGACGAUAGGGGGUUUGGGUGGCGAGGGAGGAGGGGUUCCGAUGACGGUGGAGGGGGUUUUGGGUUUCGCAGGACGAUGGGGUUCGGUUGGCGAGGGAGGAGGGGUUCCGAUGAUUGCCGAGCUAUGAGGGACACUCAUUCUGAUAGGAUAGGGCAUGUGACAAAAACACCGGUUAAUGGUGACCAUGAGAAGUGCUCACUGAAUGUUAUAGGGAUAUUAAUGUGCUGUCCAGCAUCACUCUUAACUUCAUUCCUGACUAUACGGGGGAAAAAACCCAACAACUUGGUUUUAACCAUAAGCUAGAUCUUAUAUGAACAAGGCUGAAGUGGGUUUCUUAGAAAAUUAAAUAUAAACCGCUGUUCCAGCACUGUGAAACAGUUCUCCACUGAGCCCAAUCCUCCCCAAGCUGCGUGAUGCUAGGUGAAAGAUGGGCUGAGUGGAGAACAAGUGCGCUACGGAGGGGUAUGUCAGCCACCAGCAUCCAGUGUAUCCAAUACACAGAACCGAUAUUAACUAGUCCGGAACUCCUGUUUCAGGCUGGCUAAUUUUAGCUGAUGGAGGUCAAGCUACACCUCUGGCAACAAAGGCCUUAAGCUCCAUCUUCCCAACAAAAUGCUGCACAUACAGACUCCAGGCACCAUUACCACUUCAAAUCCGUAAGAGGUCAUGGUUCUUGGCGUAACCCAUUAAAGUAAAAAUGGUUUAGAUGAUAAAAGUGGCCACUACAUUGUUCGUGAAUAUAAUGUCUGGUGUUUGAUACAAUAAAAGUGGUUAUAAGGUUGAUUGUCCGAUUGGCUUUGAAAGUAUAUUGAGUCGAAAACUAAAUAGCAAAAUAAUUGGGUUUUUUUUGUUUUUUUUAUGAACAAUUUCGUUUAAAGAAUACACUUCCCUGUCAUUUGAAUUAGUUGACCAGUAUGAACUGUAUUUAUUAUACACCUUGACUAUCGGUGAAUUUUUCUGUCUAGCUUGUUUGCAGUCAGUUUUGGAGAGUUGUAGCAUUAAGUCAAUGCACAUAUCUGACCGUGUAAUAAGCCAAAACCAUUGUCAAUGCGAUGCCAUUACUUUCUCGUAUUGAACAAUUGUAAAUUUUAAUACUUGGAAUCUGUCCUUUUUUAGGGUUACAAAUGGUGGGAAAACUACCCUCACAAGGAGAUUAAUAGCUGCUCUUCCUAACUGUUGUGUGGUCCAUCAAGAUGACUUUUUUAAGGUAAGCUGAAGUGGUAUGAAUUUUUUUUUUUUUUUUUUUUAAAUUCUUUUAUAUAUCUUAACGCCUUAAGGAGCAAACAUCUGGAAUAAAAGGGAAUCAUGACGUGUCCUUAAGGGGUUAAAUAUAUAUACACACUAAAGUGCUUGCUUGCAUUGUGUGUACUUACCGUCAAAAAUCAGUAAUGUCAUCUCUCACUCUUUCAGAAUUAUACACAUUUCAAUAAUUCGGGAUUGAUGAUAAAGAGUCACUCUAAGCACUAUUACAACUUUGUAUUACUGCAUGGCACUUAGAAUCCCCCAUUACUGUGUCAUAACUGCAGUGUUUUAUAAAUAUGACUGGAUGUAAAAAAAAAAAAUGCUCUUUGUAUCAGGAGAUUACAUAGGACCCUGCCAACAUAUGCGUGCAUUUCUGAGCGUGGGCCACAGUUAUGCACAUGCAAGGUUGGUGGAUCAGAUGAUUUCUAUACACAACCCAGUUCACAAAACUGCAAUAUGGCUAAGCUACAUAUCCCUGCAGAGGUGUGCAGAAAAAAAAAACUGCAUGGGGAGGUCUGUUGUGCAACGUGCAUCUGCAGUUGCUGCAAUUUUCAUAUCUCCUAAAGAAGUACUUUUUAAUCUUUUUAAUUUGGCAUAUUUAUUUAAUGUUUUACUUGUAUAAAUCAUUACAAUGGGCUGAAGGCACUUCCUUCAUAUUAUGACCCUUUAACCUGCAUAAUUUACUAUACUCGUUUUUAAGAAGGCAAUUUUCCCUCCUUUUGCAAUAAAUGGCUCUUGGUUGAGAAAGUGGUGUCCUGUUCCAAUAAUUUUAUAGAAUUAAUACAGCUUGUAAAUCCAGUAAACUGGAUUUAAUGAAAUUGAAUGUAUUUUUUUUUUUUUUUUUGAAACUUUUGAUAGUUUUAAAUAUUUUAAUAUGGAGGACGGAACCUUUGCAUUAAAACCGUAUAAAGUUUGCUCGUGUCCGUUUUCUGUGUAUCCAUCGCUGCACGGUUUGCAUUUGCAGCAUUGUUUAUUGCUCACUAUGUUUCAGCCGCCAGAUCAGAUAGAAGUCGGUGAAGACGGCUUUAAACAAUGGGAUGGUAAGACCCGUGUUCGCUGUAGCAAGCAGUAAUGUAUACGUACCUACUUUUUAUUUUUUUAUUCUACAACAUAUAACUAUGGCAAACAUGGUAUAUUUCAUGUAUCCAGCCAGGAGUGCUUCUUACCAUGUAUUUGUUUUACCCACAGUGAUUACCUCUAUUGAUAUGGAAGCCAUGGUGAAUACCGUCACAGCCUGGGUCGAGAACCCUGUCAAGUUUGCCCGUUCCCAUGGAAUUGCCGGUUCUCAUCCAUAUGAACAACAAGAAGACGACGAAAUCCAAAUACUUAUUUUAGAAGGAUUCUUGCUUUACAAUCACAAGUAAUUGAAGUUCAUAUUUUUAUAACCUCCAAUGCUGAAUAUGUUUAGGGAGUUGUGUGUGUAAAUUUUUUUCAAUUUUUUUUUUAAUACUAUGUAAAUUCGGAGGGGUGUGUUAAAAAAAAAUGUGGAGCUCCAAUGAGCUGAUUGCCUUUUUUUUUUUUUUUUAUCUUUUUCUGACAUUACUUGCAAAAAAAGCAGAAGACAAGUGACUGCCCCUUUAAAGGGACACUCCAUGCAGCACUUUAAAUUUAGCAUAUUAAUAAGGCCUAAAUCUAUGAAAUGCACUAAAGUAAAACAUUUAUUUUUUGCACGCUCAAAUCUUUCUAGUUUUUGCACAGCAUAAAUAAAUGUAAGCCUGCCUCCUUAGCCAUGGUAGUUGUCUGUUUAUCAAAUUUUUCAAUGGAUUGCAUGUAAACUGUCUAUACUCAUCCUUUCUCUACAGACCACUGGCAGAAAUGUGCUCCCGGCGAUAUUACUUAACCAUUCCAUAUGAAGAGUGCAAGCUGAGACGCAGGUAAUACACCUUUUUAAAGAUUCUAAAAUGUGCCUUAUUAUUGUGAAAGGAAGUGUAUCCUCUAAGAGUAUGUGGGAUGGGAUGGUGGGCGUGUAUACAGAUUUGGGGCUAGACCAAAAAGUAUUCAGGGCCAUAGUUACAUGUUAGACUGUGUUCAUCCUUUAAAAGUAAAACUGACCAUUUCCAAUUAAUCUUUUCAUGUAGUGGUCGCAAUUACCGCGUGCCAGACCCUCCAGGACUCUUCGACGGACACGUUUGGCCCAUGUAUUUGAAGCAUAGGCAGGAAAUGGAAGAUCAGGGUGUGGCUUUUGGUAAGUUGACGGCUUUUAGAUUGAUCUAAAUAUUGGACUUUUGGAUAUUCUAACACAUGGUACAGGUUUCUGUAAAUCGAACCGCUGACCAAUGCUGCGGAAAGAGCACCUAUUUAUAGUAGCUGGCAUUGCUUUAACAGUCUGAGUAAGGCGUGCAAGUGGAGCUCCGAAAUCUGCUGCAUAAAGAAACUAAUAAAUCUAGCUGACCUUAAAUGCUAAAUAUAUGUUGGACAGCAGUGGGAAAAGGAAAAACUAAAUUGUAAGUUUAACACUAAUGGAAACUCUGUUUCUACAUCUUGUGUUUUGCCAUAACCAUCUUCUGCGAAACGACAUGCUACAUUGUCCACCCUUACAAAAAAACAACUCUAAAGCACUUUAGCUUCCAGAAUUACUUUGUGUGACGAUAAAUAGGUCAGUAUCUCAGAUGCAAAUAGAAACUGGCACUUUGACAGCUAUGGGGGAUUAAUUUGUAAAUUGGGCAACUGGUAGUUUAGCUCAGAGUGCACCUGCCUUGCAAAUAGUUCUUAUUGAGCUGCACUGGAACGUCUGUGGUUACAGCCAAAGUCUGCCCUGUGUUAGAAGGGUAGAACUUGCAAAGGUUGUAGACGAGAUCUGAUGGUUUUUAGAUCUAUCCCAAUUAAACAAAAUGCAUAUUUUUUUGCAGCCGUGUGUUUCUUUAAAGGGACACUAUAAGCACCCUGACCACGUAAUCUUCCUUGAAGUUUGUGUUCCGUGUCCCUGUACAUUACAGGACUAAGACAGCUUCUAAUGGCUGUCUAUCCAAUGGCUGUGCUUCCUGAAGUUUAACGAACUCUGGGUCUCCUAAAGGACACACUGUCUUCCAUGCUUUGCAUGAGGACAUUCAGGGUCAGUGAAAAUUCCAUAGGAAAGCCUAAUGCACAAGCGCAUUAAGACCCCCUGUUGGAGGAGGAAUUAGGGAUGUAAAUUACUGGGUUUUUUAAAUUUAUUUUUUUACCCUUUAUCUGCCAUUAAGGGAAGUCUGGGGACAAGAAGCAUUAUAUUAUUAGGAAUACAGAUUUGUAUUCCGAACCCCAUAGAAUCCCUUUAAGAGCCACUGGAGGGAUAGUUCCAUCAAAGGAUGCUGAUCUACUUAAACAGCAGAUACGUUUAAAGUUGGUCUGAUGAAAGUGCUCUAAAUGUACAAAAUUGUUUACAUUUUUUUUUUUCUGCAGUUUCCAUAGAUGGCCUUUUGUCAAAAGAUGACAUCUUCAAUCAAGUCUACACUGAUGUCUGUAACAAGAUUUUAAAUAUUUCAUAGUUCACAUAACUACUGGUGUCUGCCUCUGUAAAAAGAAAGCAAACUAUAUAUCUGUAUAUCUGCAAACUAUCCUGCUCACGAUUAUUUGUAUAUAAUGAGUAACGUAUAUGCUGCUAUGAAUGUGGUUUCAAUAUUUUAUAUUAAGGGAAGGGUUUUUAUUUUAUGAUAAAAUUUUAAAUUGAACAGAAUAGUUUCUCUAGGAUUAACCUAGUCUUACAUCACAUCUUUGUGACAUUUGGAUCUAAUUUACUGUUCAAAUUAUUAAAGUGAUGAAUCAGAAAAUAUGUGUGGCUUUAUUAAAAAUCCUAAUUGAUUGAAAUUUUGGAAGCAAACAGAAUAUUGCUUCUGUGUAUGUUAAUUGUGGGGAGGGCUUAACAUAUGCAAGCCUGUAAAAAUGAUAUAGUAAUUUUUUACGUCUCCACUUCCUUUCAAUGGGACAGUGGUCUCCCUAACCACUAGUGCUGC